AAAGCAUUAGAGCAUGAGAGUGUUAAUGACCAUCUCGAGCCAUCUCGCCCAGGCGCACCGCUCGCUCGAGGAGCUCAAGCUACGCAACGAGCGGAACCGGAUCAUGCGGCUCGAGGUGCUGCUGCAGAUGGGCUCCCUCUCGCUCGCCCUCGCCGCCGUCUCCGGCGGCUUCUUCGGCAUGAACCUGCACUCCGGCGUGGAGGAGGUGCCGCACCUGCUCUGGCUCGUGGCGGGCGGCACCGCCGGCGCGUCGACGCUGCUGCUGCGCGCCUUCCUCCGCUCGGUGCGCACCUUCCACGGGCUCCAGCGCGACCAGCUCCUCGCCACCUCGGCGCUGCAGACCGCGCUGCAGGGCGCCGACCCGCGCCCUCGACCACGCCCACCCCGCCCUCCAGGACGCGGCUCGACCACGCCUACCUCGCCCUCCGCCACGCCGGCGAGCUCGCGCCGCCCUCGCAGAGCUUCGGCGAGGGCGGGAACGGCGGCGCGGCGGCGCCCGUCUCGCGCGCGCGGCUCGCAAAGGCGCUCGCGGCGACGGGUGCCACCCUGGACGAGCCGCAGCUGCGCGCGCUGCACCACCUUCUCGCCGAGGACGAGGACCAGGUGUACGACGUGCUCACCCGGCCACGCGGGGGCGAAGAGGGGCGCGGCGUGGGGCCGUAGAGCGCCCGCGUCGCGCGUGCGUAUAGGGAUGUAGCCUCUCGCGUUGGCACGCUGUACAAAAGGGCGGGCUUCGCUUGUAUAGAGAGAGAGAGAGGAGAGAGAGGAGAGAAAACGGUUCAGUUCUC